UCCUUGAUUAUCCUGUUUUACUGUGUCGCUUGCAUUAUUUCAUUGCAAUAUCGUUUUAAAUCUUUUAACCUUAUCUGACCCCCUUUUUAUGCUUCUAUUGAGCCGAGGGUCUCUCGGAAACAGCCAUCCUACCUUGGUAGGAGUAAGGUCUGCGUACAUUAUACCCUCCCCAGACCCCAAGAUGUGGGAUUUCACUGGGUUGUUGUUGUUGUUGUUGAAGUUAGAAAAAAAGGUACUUACAUCUCAGAAAAGGAUUACUGCUAGUGACAAAUUUGCACAUGAGCUACCAUACUGAUCUACAUAUCAAGUACUGCAAAAGAUAAGUAUCUUUACAUAUUCCAUCUAACAACUCCAAUUAUGUAGUAAUUCCAUUCUUCACAAGAUGACAUACAUUAUUUACCUUUCAUUAUCUCACAUGAAACGUCAAGAUGACAACUUCAUCUAUUAUUUAUAUGCCUAGAAAUUACUUUCAUUUCAUUCUACUUGCUCAUUGGCAUGGGAAAAAACAGAGAGUCUGAAGCUGAGCAGCCCCUGUUGGCUGCUCAUGGGGCAAGCUCCGAGCUCGAGGAGGUGCUCUCCGACUCUCAAUUACCUUACUUUCAGCGCCUUAGGUCCGCCUUUUGGAUCGAAUUCCAGUUGCUUUUUCGACUUGCAGCACCUGCAGUGGCUGUAUACAUAAUCAAUAAUGCUAUGUCCAUGUCUACUCGAAUCUUUUCGGGACAACUUGGGAACCUUCAGCUUGCUGCAGCCUCUCUUGGCAACCAAGGCAUCCAAUUAUGUGCUUAUGGCCUUAUGCUAGGAAUGGGCAGUGCAGUGGAAACUCUUUGUGGACAAGCAUAUGGAGCUAACAGAUAUGAAAUGCUAGGAGUCUACCUACAAAGAUCAACAAUAGUACUUUCUUUAACAGGCAUCCCACUAGCUGUGGUAUAUUUAUUUUCCAAGAAUAUACUGCUCGCUCUUGGUGAAUCGAAACUAGUUGCAUCAGAAGCAGCAAUAUUUGUGUAUGGCUUAAUCCCCCAAAUAUUCGCUUACGCUGUCAACUUCCCAAUACAGAAGUUCCUGCAAUCUCAGAGUAUUGUAGCACCUAGUGCCUUUAUUUCACUAGGGACGUUGUUUGUGCACUUAUUGCUCAGUUGGAUUGUUGUAUACAAAAUUGGACUGGGAUUGAUAGGGGCAUCACUUGUCCUGAGUCUUUCUUGGUGGAUUAUUGUUGUGGCUCAGUUUAUAUACAUUUUGAGAAGUGAAAGGUGUAAGGCUACUUGGACAGGUUUUCGAUGGGAGGCCUUUAGUGGAUUAUGGCAAUUUGUGAAGUUAUCGGCUGCUUCAGCUGUUAUGUUGUGUUUGGAAACUUGGUAUUUUCAGAUUCUGGUGUUGCUUUCAGGGUUGCUCAAGAAUCCUGAGCUUGCAUUGGAUUCUAUCUCAGUUUGCAUGGCAGUAAAUGGGCUGAUGUUCAUGGUUGCAGUGGGGUUCAAUGCUGCUGCUAGUGUGAGAGUGAGCAAUGAGCUAGGAGCAGCACACCCAAAGUCAGCAGCAUUCUCAGUGUUUGUGGUGACAUUCAUUUCAUUUCUCAUUGCUGUGGUGGAAGCUAUAAUUGUGCUCUGUUUGCGCAAUGUUAUCAGCUACGCAUUCACCAAGGGUGAUAUUGUGGCCAAUGCAGUUUCUGAUUUGUGUCCUUUUUUAGCUGUCACCCUCAUUCUCAAUGGUGUUCAACCAGUCUUGUCUGGCGUUGCUGUUGGGUGUGGAUGGCAGGCGUUUGUUGCAUACGUGAAUGUAGGGUGUUAUUAUGGUGUUGGAAUUCCAUUGGGAUGUGUUCUUGGCUUCAAGUUUGACCUUGGUGUUAAGGGAAUAUGGACUGGGAUGAUAGGAGGGACUGUGAUGCAAACCAUCAUUCUGCUUUGGUUCACAUUCCGUACAGAUUGGAAUAAAGAGGUAGAGAAAGCUAAAAAACGUCUGGACAAAUGGGAAAAUGUAAGAGAACCUCUAAACAAGGAGUGAAGAUGAUGGAACAAUAGGACUUGGAAAAAUAAAGGGACGUGAGAUUCCAGGUAAUCCUGCAAGGACAAAGAAGUUAUCAACAGUUCACAUCAAGGGUUCGGGCAUAUCUGCCAAAAGAGAGUCGAAAUCCCUUAUGGAAUCACUUACUAUUUCUGAGUUUCAAAAAAGAAUAAAAAAAAAACUGUAAUAUUAUGUUAUUCAUUAGUAUUCUAUCUUAGUUGGUAUUCGGAAUAUUGGAUCCAAGUAGACAACCAGAUUGUUGUAUAAAAAAAUUGUGAGUUUACUUUCAAUCAAUUAAUCAUUAUCUCA